AUGGAGUACGGACGUCUCGUGGUGCUCGGCUACAGCAGCUACCGCGUGGACAUGGUCCAACGUCGUCCUGGAAGUACGUCCAGCACCACCAACCAAGAGCUGACUCUACCAUCGUUUGGACUUGGUGAGGCUGCCUCGUCCACCGCUUCUGCCUCCAUCUUGACGUCUCACAAGCGCUCGCUUAGGCAGUUUUGGAAACCACUGGGCAGUCAGAACGCGCACUUUGUGCUGCAGAAGCGCGUGCGGCCCAAUGGCGUGCGGUUGCGCCGGUUCCAUCACGUUGUGCCUGUUCAGGAGUUCCAGUUGAAGCGUCCAGGGACUACUACUACUACUACUACUAAUCAAGGCCUUAAAGGGGUUACCACUCGCCUGAUGCAGCGCAUUCAGGAGGCUACAAAAGCUGCUAGGGGCGACGAUCAGGCGGAUGAAGGGGGGACCAAGGAGGUCGUGGAUCAAGCAGCUCUUGGGUUGUACCAGAUGUGCAUCCCGAUGGACGACCUGGACCCUUUUGCAAGUAUCUCGGAGUUCCAUGCUGACCCGGGUGUUGAUAUGUUCCAGAUUGGUCGCAUGCCUUGUGGCCAGAAUGAUUUUGUGAUUCCAGGACCGAGGGUGGGAGCUUCGGGGACUAUUUCUCGGUAUGCGGCGAGGAUCGUGUGUUCUCGGGAACCGCCGUUUGAGUGCCGUCUUUUUGCCGGUGGCUUUGAUGCUGCUGGACGGAUGAGCACGGCAGGCAAUGCACUGAAAUACUGCGUACGGUGUGGAGCGUGGCUGAAGCGUGUGAGUAUCGAGCACAUGUGUGUGAGGCAGAGUCUGAUUGAAAAAGUGAGGGAAGAAGGUGCUAGAAAGGAGAUGGACGUUGGCUGUUGGAAGGAAAAGAGUCACGACAGAGGAAGAGGUGGUGGUGUCCGGCAUUAUAUUGACGAAACGAACGAAGACGGACUGCUUGAGCACUUUGAGAUGGAUGUACAGGACGCCAGUGAGCUGCCGCUCGAUGGACUUACGAAGAAUGGGGUGCGCGUGUGGCUCCCUGAACAGAAGCAGUGGCUUGAGGUAUCGGUGAAUGGCAGUUUAUUCGCGAUCGAAUCGCGUGCGGUAAACGAGAAAAUGUCGUCGUCAAAACCGCGUGCGAAUGGUAUCGAUCGCCGUCGCUAUCAAGACGCACUGCGAUCACGUAGUGGAGCAUUUAACCGUCCGACAGGCGGCGCUAAAAAUCUGCCGCCGGUAUUGACCGACGGUGCUAUCAUUGACCUGGGCGGCGUCCAGCUUCAGUUCCAGACAGGCUAUCGUUCGGAGCUUGAAGCAAAAGCAGAGAACAGCGAGCUUUUGGAAGCGCCAGUGGUCUAUUAUCGGACGACGCCGUCUUCGAUCAGCACCCAACUCGAGCAGCUGAACGUCCAAUGUCCUGUUCAGCUACACUCGCUACGAUUUACUCGUGUGGAUGCAGAUGAAGAAGGGGUUCCGCUGAACGAGAUUCCUCACGUGUUUCCAGCGUGCGGCCAUGUGUUUGGAUUUGAAAAGCGCAUUGCGAGCUCGCACACCUGUCCAUUGUGUAGGAAGCCCGGGUCGCUUGUGCAGUUGCUGUUGAAAGAGAAUUCCCAGUUGCAGUCCACGGAAGAGCAGCAUGUCAUUCCUGAGUGUGUCUUCAACCCGUGCGGUCACGCUAUCAGCCGCAAGCUUGCCCAUUAUUACUCGGUGCUGGUGAUGCCCAAUGGCCGGGCGAUCUGCCCAUUCUGUGCAGUGCAUCUCGAUCUGCGCAUGCCAUUUUCGAGACUCUACCUUUAUUGCGACUCGGAAUGA